AUGACCAAGGCAGCUGCAGCACCGAAAUCGGCUUGGACCGAAGAAGCUAAAUUCCAAUUCCUUCUCCAAAUCAUUGCUCAGCUACAGCGAAGCGGGCAGUCUAUCAAAUGGGACGAGAUUCAAAUUCCCGGUCGCACUCAAAAAUCUCUUCAGCAUCAGUGGGCCAACAUCAAGGCUCAGGUUGCCGAGUUGGAGAAGGGCAACGGCCACCCUAGCACGCCCGUCAAGGCCAAAGGAAAAGCUGCUGGUGUCAAGCGCAAGGCAGAGGCUCUCGCGACGCCUGAAGCAUCGCCCGAGAAGAAGCGAACGCCACUUCCUCACACAACACCCAUCAAGAAGGAGGAGGCCGACGAGGAGGACUAA